AUGCUAAUUUUCCUAAUAUUCCUCUCAACUUCAUUCUCGUUCACCGUACAAGUAAUGCGUUUCAAGCGCGAUUUCAUGUAUGUCACCGACGGCAACGAAACCGACGCAAAAUGUUUCGAGACGUGCCAAUCGGAGUUCAAGGCGAAAUUCGAGUACACGUUUAAUCAGUCGCUGGAUGAAUUCUACGAUUUCCCAUUUCAUCCCAUAGUUCUUCAGCAAUCCUCCCUACAACCUUAUUGUACUUUGUCGGAGAAGAAAAUCCUGUGUUUUUCGGAAAAAUGUAAUGACUAUACCGCUGAUACCUCAUUCUCGCCUUCAAACUUUGUGUGCUCCUUCAAAAGGGGUCUGUUCGAUAAAUCGAUCAAGUGCCUCUCUCAAACCGAGCCCAUAACAUUCCUCAAAUGCGAUCACGAGUGCCACGUGGACAGCGAACGUCUUCAAGAGUUUGUGCCAUCGAAACUCGAAACCUAUGAGAAGGAGUUGGACAAACUUUGCCGCUUCCAAACAUGCUAUAUGAAAUGUAUGAAGCCGAUAGUGAAGGAGAUGUGCACCGAUGACGAUUCGCAAUCGGCCAUCGACGUCGUCGAAUCGUACGUUCAAUGGCACGCCGACGACAUAUCCGAUUGGCACGCGAUGACCGGCAAUGAGGAGCUGCUGCCGAAGUCGUGUCGGGACCUCGUCAAAACGCCUCGCAAAUCGUCGGAUCCCGUUCUGCAGCUGAUCUCCGAAGUCAAAUAG